CCCACUUCCCUCAACAACACCACACAAUCACAACUAUUACUUUCUCUCACUCCAAACAUGAGCUUCUCCAAAUCUUACAUUUUCCUUGUCACUACCCUUUUGUUGAUCACCUUGAGCCAUGCAGCCAUUUUUACCGUCGUAAACAACUGCCCUUACGUAGUUUGGGCUGGGGCAAAGCCCGGUGGCGGCAGGCGGCUUGACCACGGCCAAACAUGGGACAUCACUGUCCCGGCAGGCACACAAGGAGGCCGUGUCUGGCCUCGAACCGGUUGCAACUUCGAUGCAUCAGGGCGGGGCAAGUGUAAUACCGGUGACUGCAAUGGGCUCCUGGAAUGCAAUGCGUAUGGUGUGCCCCCAAACACCCUCGCCGAGUAUGGGUUAAACCAGUACAUGAACCAGGAUUUCUAUGACAUCUCUCUUGUGGACGGGUUCAAUGUGCCCAUGGAGUUUAGCCCCACGGCCAAUGGAUGCCCUCACCUACGGUGUACCGCGGAUAUUGUCGGUCAGUGCCCGAAUGAAUUGAAGGCACUGGGCGGGUGCAAUAACCCGUGUACUGUCUUCAAGACGGAUCGGUAUUGUUGCAAUUCCGGGAACUGUGGGCCCACUGAAUACUCCAAGUUUUUCAAGGACAGGUGCCCGGAUGCUUAUAGUUACCCUAAGGAUGAUACUGCCACAAAAGGCUGCCCAGGUGGAACCAACUAUAGGGUUGUGUUUUGCCCUUGAUCACUGUCUUCUUACCUACUUAAUUAGUCUAUAAUAAAAGCUGUGAGUGAAAUCCACUUAUGAGGUUUCAAAUCAGUUUUGUAGAAUAAAUUUGAGCACAUGUUAUGAUGUGUUCAUGCCUUUUCCGUAACCUAAUUCAUAUAUUGAUAUAAGCUUCAUUCUAGUA